AUGGACGGCCGUGGUAUCGUACGCCCCACUUCACAUUUCAAUCUCAAUACAAUGGUCUUUCUCUCCAAGUUCAUCUGUGUUUACACACUAAUUCUCCUCAUCAAACCCAUUUUUCCUCAGCAAUUUUAUGACAAUUCUAACUGCACAUCAGAACUACAAUUCCCAGGUUCCAACUACCUUUGCAACACCAAAACAGGUUCAUGUAGAACCUUUGUUGUGUACAGAGCACAAGAGGGCUAUCAGACACUCUCCUCCAUAUCCUCUCUCUUCAACACAAACAUAUCUAAGCUCCUCUCACUCAAUGAAAUGACAAAAGGUGAUUCCUCCACCCUCCUGCCCGGUCGAGAGAUCGUCAUCCCCAUUACUUGCAGAUGCCCCAACCAAUUCUCUCAGGACAUACAAUUGUACAAUGCCACUCACUCAGAUUCCAUGUAUACAAUUGCUUGUGGAGUUUUUGAAGGUUUGGCCAAGGCCCAAAGUCUAAUAGAGCAUAACACAUAUUUACCAUCAAACAGUCUCAGUAACCAUGUUCUUAAAGUGCCCGUUAGAUGUGCUUGUCCUAAUACUUCAGAUACUAACAACGGUAUAAAUUAUCUUGUGACAUAUCCAGUGAUAGAGGAUGAUCAGACAGAUCUGAUUGCUCGUAAAUUUGGAGUUCCUGAAAGAAUGAUCUGGGAUGCUAAUAGAUUAGAUCAAUUCACAACUAUAUUUCCUCAGACUACUCUACUCAUUCCGACAAUGGGUGUUCCUAUCCUGAAUACGAAUGUGUCUGGAGAUCCUGCUCCGGGUCCUCAACCUGUCAUUCCUUUGAAUCAAAUUAUACCAGGUAAAAAAACAAGCAAUAAGAAGAUCUAUGUAUUUCUUGUAGGGGGUAUUGUCGCGAUUAUUGCUUUAAUGGUUAUAGCUUGGGGAGUUCCAAUACAAGCCAGGAAAAGGAGUCAUCCUGGCGGUUUUAAAACUUUGUUAAUCAGAAAUUCACCGGUGUCAAAAUUCUCACCUGAUUUUCUUGAUGGGAUGUCCAAGUUAAAACACUCACUGGUAAGCUUCAGCUUGGAGGAGCUGAGGAUUGCCACUGAAGAUUUCAGUGAAGCUUCUGUGAUUGGUACAGCAGUGUAUCGGGGUAGGAUUGGCGGUUCUCACGUGGCAAUUGAACGUAUGAAGUCUGAGGAAGAAGCUCGCCAUAUGAUGGAUAUACUGACGAAGAUCAACCAUCUGAAUGUGGUGAAGCUUGAGGGUUGCAGUUAUGGAAGCACGACAUACCUCGUGUUCGAGUAUGCUGAGAAUGGUAGCUUAAGGGACUGCCUGUCAAACUCAAAAUUGGCUAAGCAGUUCACCUGGAAAAAAAGGUUGCGAAUUGGUUUUGAUCUUGCAGUGGGACUUCAUUACAUACAUUACUCCACAAAGCCCUCUUAUGUUCAUCGAAACAUAAACAGCAAAAAUGUGCUUGUAACCGUGAAUUGGAGGGCCAAGAUUUCGGGAUUUAGAUUGGUGAAACCUGUGAUUUACAGUGAAGAAAAGGAAGAGAGUAAUUGGAAUGAAUCUGAGAUUGUGGGUAGAAAAGGGUACUUGGCACCUGGUUACCUUGAUUGCGGGAAGGCUGCAACAAAGGUGGAUGUAUAUGCGUUUGGGGUGGUUUUGCUCGAGUUAUUAUCGGCUAAAGAGGCCAUUGCAGAAGGGGUUCUGUUGAAGAAUUGCGUCGGGUUCUUGGCAGAUGGGGGGCUUGAAGAUUCUUCAGGCUGCUUGGACAAAUUGAAGGGAUUCAUGGAUCCUGUUUUGGAGGGAGAUUAUCCAUUGGGUGAUGCCAUGUUUUUAGCACUGUUAGCCAAAGCUUGUGUGGAGGAGGACCCCCUUCACAGACCCACCAUGAACGACCUUCUCAAGGCUCUUUCAAGAUUUCUAUGA